AUGAUUUACUUAAUAUUCCAGCUUUUAUUACUAAUACGAAUCUUCAGACCAUCUGAGCAAUCAUGUAGACUAAACGAGAAGAAAUCCAAGUUGACUUGUGCAGAUAUAAAUCUCAUUCUUGAUUACCAUAACGAAUGUAGAGAUCAGGUGGCAGGGGGAAAAACUAAACUGGAACAAGCAAGAGACAUGUGGGUUCUCAAGUGGGAUAGUGAAUUAGCCGAAGUGGCCCAGGAUCAUGCAAAUAAAUGCAUUUUGGAACACAACGCUCGAAGACCGAUGGACACUGGUGAAAACAUUGCUUGGAUGGCUUCUUCUGAAAAUAGUAUGGCUUGGCUGAAAAGCUUAACUCAUAUGUGGUACAAAGAAAUACAAGAUUAUAAUCAACAUGGUUCUUCGAAUAUUGACAAGGCGGGGCACUUCACUCAGAUGAUUUGGGCAGAUACGAAAUACGUCGGCUGUGGUCUUGCUUUUUAUGAUAACGUUAAUGAUCACCACACACCAUAUCAGACCUUAUUGGUGUGCAACUAUCGACCACCUGGUAACCACCGCGGCGAACUACCGUACGAGAAGUUUAAUGGUCUCGCAAGAUGCGAGAGAGGUGUUCAAUCCACCGUAUUCACCAGCCUAUGCGCCCAUGACCAGCAGCAUGCCGAUGGAAAAUAUAUUGUUCGAUGUUCUGGCUUUAAGCUACAACCUACGGCAAUAUUAUUAUUUAUUUUGUUGUUAUGUGGCUAUCACCAUAAUAAUUUUUAA